AUGUCGAUCACAAUUCCUUCUCUGAGCAAGACGCUUAAUUUGAGCUGCAAACACGGGGAUCUCUCAUCUCAAUCGCGACAGAUUGAACACGAGAUAUCUGGACGGCGGCCUUCCUCCCUUCGACGACGAGUGUUGAUCGUAUUCGUGAUCACAUUCUGUGGGGUCAUAGCUGCUCUCGAAGCACUCAACCAUGUCUCCCAAGCUCAUCAUGAAAUUGCCUCUUCAGUCGAAAGCCGCCACUACCUAUGGACUUACGGACCCGCUGCCACCUUCACUGUCAUCGCUACCUUUUGGUCGCGUGUUGAAUUCCAAGUGAAUCAACGAGCGCCAUGGAAGUCCAUGGCUGAGAAGCCCGGAGAGGCCAAGCAGUCCAUCCUCUUGGACUAUGUAUCCGAGAUGCAGCUGGCUUCAAUGGUCAAAGCCAUCAGAAACAAGCACUUUGACGUGGCGGCUGGGGUUACGUGCUCUAUGCUUUUGCGUCUCUUGGUCGUUUUCUCAACCGCUGUCUUUUCAUUGCAAACGGUUCAAGUACAUCGAAAGUCCGUCCCAAUUCAAUUCUCAUAUGAUUUCAGCGCAAAGGACGUCACUUUCGAUGCUCCCAUUGCCCAAGCAAUCGAUAUCCUCAAUCGCGUCCUGUUCGAGAAUGGCACCCAUCCCAACGGUACCAAUGCAAACCUGGCUUUCCAACAAUAUUCCGCCCCAAGCCUUGCUCCAAAUGCCAUUAUCACUGCACCUGUGGAUGGUAUGAUGGCAGACUUAGGCUGUGAAACUGCAAGCAUCGACACAAUGAAGUGGGAUGUAACGAAUGUAGCUGGUCACGGCCACCAUCCAAGCGCCCAGGAAUCUAAGGGGGUUAAACUGAUAACUCCAUCGUGCACAAUUUCCAACCUGGCCCUGGAUGCAGCGCUGGAUGGCGUAACCCCCUACAUCGCGAGGUUCACUUCUGGUCAAUGUGAUGGUUCAAGUGCCGAGGACGGUAUGCGCAUCGUGCUCACUUUGGCCGAGAUUGGUCUGGCCAAGGAGAUUCGGAACACUUCCACGUUAACCGGAACCGACGCAACGACAGAGGUAAUACUCAAUCGCUCAGUUCAGCUGAUCUGCAAUCCGACAUACUCGCUUGUAAAACUGCAAGCUGAAACGAAUACCAGCCAAUUCUCUUCGUCUGUUAGCCUGAAAAGAAUCGGAUCCGAAAGCUCUACUUUGCCGAACUUGACCGCAUGGGAUAUUGCUAAGACUUUCCUUUCGGAUUUUUCCUCCGACGCCUCAUUCGUGAGACCAAAUCAAAAUCAGAACCCGUUCCAUACCAACGAUGAUCUAUCUCAGAAUAACACAGGUGUCGAUGUUGCCUUGCAACUCGGCGCGUGGCUUGCUGGAAUCACUGGCAAUAUCGACAAGCUCUUUGAAAAUGGCGCACUUGAUAAUGCGGCUUCUUCCUAUUAUCGCGCAAUGGCUGCCCAGUUUAUGAACAAGGGGUUGACACAGAAAAAUCGGUCAUCAACCAUCGGCCAGGCUAUUGAAAAUGAAAAUCGAAUUGUCAUGACACAGCUCUCUCUUCGCGUGAUGGAGGUUUGUCUGAUACUAGGGAUCCUGCUAGCGGUUUCCAUGCUCUUUCUGGGGCCACGCACGCCUAUCGCACCUUGGAACCCGACUUCCAUUUCAUCUGUUGCCGCAAUCAUGGCAAAGAGCAACGAAAUUCGUCGAUCACUUCGCGGGACCGGUGUGGCUCCAUCAGAUGUGCUUUAUGAUAGUCUGAAAGAACGGCGCUACUAUUCACAAUUUACGCCCGAAGGCUUUUUGAUCAAAACAGAAAGAGAUGAUAUCAAAAAAAACGUCGACAACCAAGAAAGCCACACCCCGGCAUGGGCACCAUUUCCCGGUCUUAUUGCUCGUGGUGCCAUCUUCACCGCAGUCGCUUUACUUAUUGCGGCCUUGGAGAUUGCAUUGCAUGUCUCGCAGAAGAACGAUGGACUGGGAAACGUCUUCAAUGAAUAUCACCAUUACCUGUGA